UCAAAAACACUUAAUUCAACUUGUCAUUCGAUUUUUUUUUUGUAAAGUAAAUUUUGUGAUUUGAAUAAAAAGAUUCGAAUAGAAUAUUCUAUUUGAGAUCAGUGGUCGUUCGAUUCGAAUUUUAUCUCAAUUUUUUGGAAAAGAAUUUUUUUUUUGAAUUUUGAAUAACAAUGACUUCUCUGCCUAGACGUAUCAUCAAGGAAACACAACGAUUAAUGGCUGAACCAGUACCCGGAAUAUCAGCCGUACCCGAUGAUAAUAAUGCUAGAUAUUUUCAUGUUGUUGUUGCCGGUCCUGAAGGUUCACCAUUUGAAGGUGGUGUAUUUAAAUUGGAAUUAUUUUUACCCGAAGAAUAUCCAAUGUCAGCACCGAAAGUACGUUUUAUGACCAAAAUAUAUCAUCCAAAUAUCGAUAAACUUGGUCGUAUUUGUUUAGAUAUUCUUAAAGAUAAAUGGAGUCCAGCAUUACAGAUUCGUACGGUAUUGUUAUCAAUACAGGCAUUACUUUCGGCACCAAAUCCCGAUGAUCCAUUAGCAAAUGAUGUCGCUGAACAAUGGAAAGUAAAUGAAGCUGAUGCUAUUAAAACAGCCCGAGAAUGGACACAAUUAUAUGCUACAAAUAAUUAAAUAAUGAUGAUGAUGAUGAUUUAAACAACAAAAACAGCCAUAACGAAUAUUCUUCGAAUGAUAAUGAUAUCUUUGAAUCAAAUCGGAUUGAUUUAAUUGUUUCACC